UUCGUCCACUUCAUUUGCCGAGAGGGAGGGAGAGAGACGCGUCGGAAGCCAAGAGCCAGAGAAGAAAAAUGGUGAAGUUCUUGAAGCAGAACAAGGCCGUGAUCGUCCUCCAAGGACGCUACGCGGGUCGGAAGGCCGUGAUUCUGCGUUCGUUCGACGAUGGAACACGCGACCGUCCCUACGGCCACUGUUUGGUUGCGGGGAUAAACAAGUACCCGAGCAAGGUCAUCCGCAAGGACUCGGCUAAGAAGACGGCCAAGAAAUCUAGGGUGAAGGCGUUCGUCAAGCUCGUGAACUACAAGCACAUCAUGCCCACCCGCUACACCUUGGAUGUGGAUCUGAAAGAUGUGGUCUCACUCGACGCUCUCCAAUCCAAGGACAAGAAGGUCACCGCUUUGAAGGAGACCAAGAAGCGCUUCGAGGACAGGUUUAAGACCGGCAAGAACAGGUGGUUUUUUACCAAGCUCAGAUUCUGAGCUAGUCGUACGACGAAAGUUUGGGAAGCUUAUAUAAGCUUCUGUUUUUUUUUUUUUCCUUUUUUUUUUGUCUUAUCAGUGUCUUUUGAAAGAUUUUGAGUUGGAAUCAAUGUUAAAAUUAGAUUUCCUUUUUGUUGGAUAUUGAUUCUGGGUUUAAUAUUUUUAGUGACAGUUAUAUGAA